UCUGUCUGCAGGUCUGCCAGAUCUGCUGCGGGGUGUCCCCCAAUGGAAGCAGUGCAAGGAGGAGAGAAUUACUUCACCUAAGUGCAGGAGGCAAAAGAGUUUGACCAGAAACUACAAGACCUAGCAGAGCACAGUGACCCUGAUAUCUCCCCUAGCCUAUAAUACCAGCUGUGGGUACUUCUCUCAGUGGAGAUCUUCCCAGUGCAGUCGGACCAAAUCUUUUGGAAACAUUCUAUAUCUCAAAUGCCCUGUGGAGUACACACUUAAUCAGGUGAUGGCUUGGAAUUUUCCAGUAUCAGCUAAGAAGGGCCUGCUUUAAGGCUGGUCACUUCUGCAAGAAAGGAAAGAAGGUGUCUCUGGUCCCUGGAGGUUGUCCUGCUUUAAGACUGGUCAUUUCUGCAGGAAAGGAAAGAAGGCAUCGAGGAGACUGUCUCUGGUCUCUAGAGUUGUCCUGCUUUAAGACUGGUCAUUUCUGAAAGAAAGGAAAGAAGGCACUGAGGAGACUGUCUCUGGUCUCUGGAGUUGGCUUCCUUGCAGUGAGCUGUUGUUCUUAACACCACUUGAACACAGGAAAGAGGGAGAAUCGCAGCACAUCGGUGAAGAUCACCUGUGGUGGCUGCUUGCUGGUGCUGGGCUUGCUGCUGACCUGUGCAAUCAACAGGUCUGAGGCCACUUAGGAGCUCUCCAGUUUCCUCCAGCUUGGUGUCACCUCUUCUGCACUGUAUCUGUGUUACUGACUGGGACUGCUUGGGUAGGAGUCUCACUGGUGCUGGAUUGUCACUCCAGUCUCAUUCCUCUUAGUCUUGUAGCCUGAUUUACCAAAGAGUGUUGUGAAGACCAAUCCUGUAACAGGCCUAGAGAAGGCUUACUGUUGUUAAGGGGUAUACAUUGGAGAUUUCUCUAACUUACACUAUGACUGGGACAGAGAUUGAGGCUGGUGCUAAGGCAAAGGCUGAAAAUAAGCCCAGGGAUGAGAAUGCAAAUGUUGCAGAAGUAGAGAAUGAAGUCCCUUUGGUGGUCAGACCCAAGGUUAGGACACAAGUAAUGACUGGAGCAAGGCCCAAAGUGAAGCCUAAGGCUACACCUGGAGCAAGACCUAAAAAUGAAACUAGCUCAGCAGGUGGGGCAUAUGGUAAAUGUAAGCCCAAGCCAAUGCCUGUUUCACGAUCGAAGAAUGAUGGUCAAGCCUGGGCCCCGAGUAAGUCUCGGCCAGAAUCCAUGUCAAAGAUGGGAAAGCAGUGUCAGAUCAGUGCUGCAGAGUCUUCACUGGUCAGUCCCAAUUCUGGGGUGAUUGCUCAAGCCAAGUGCCCGUCUGUAGAUAGAGAACUUGUUACUAUGGACACUGAGAGUUUCCCCAAAAAGGCAAAUUCUCCAGCAAGAUUCCAGCCUUCAUUUGGUUCAGAGGAGGGUACCAAUAUGGGGUCCUGGUACCGUCCCAGGCCUAUCCCCAAAGGAGAGGUAUAUGAGAAUUCUGAUUUCAAAUGGGCAGAUAAGCCCUCAGGAAGUUCCUCCUUCUGGAAUAGAGAUGAAAGCAGUACAAGGUUUCGUCCUAGGAAAAGCAUGAAGGCCAAUACCAGGUUUAGGCACAUGGCCAAACAGGAGGCAAAUGCUAUGCCCAGGCCCAAAAACAAACAAGAGUUCUAUAAUAUUUCUAGUUCUGAUUCUGAGGAUGAGUCUGUUAAGCCUCCCUGGUUCUGGGCCAAAGAAAAGACCAAAGUCUGGUCUAGGCCCAAAGAAGAGCCCAGUAAUAGGUCCUGGUUUAGGUCUAAGAAAGAAGUCCGUGUUGAAUCCACCUCUGGGUCAGAAUGCGAAAAUCAUGCAAAAACUUUGUUUUGGUCUGGAGAAGAGGCCAAAUUGAGGCCCAAACCCAGAGCCAGGAAAGGGGUCACUAUGAGGGCCAGGCACCAGGCCAAGCGAGAAGCUUAUAGUGACAUCAUGUCUGGAUCUGUAGAUACAAAUAAGAAAGAGCCCUGGCUCUUGCCUGAAGAUAAGGCUAGUGCAUUUUCAAAGCCUAAGACAAAGAAAGAGCCCAGAACCAGAGCAAUGCCAAAGGAAGAAGUCAAAGCUAAGGCCAGAGCAAGUACCAAACAAGAAGCCAGGCCAGAAGAGGAAGUCCUCAUUGGACCUUGGUUCUGGGAUACCCAGGAGUCCACUAUGGUGGAUAGGGUAGGCAUUAAGUCCAGCCUACAUGUAGAGGAAGAGCCCAUUGUUGGAGAUUGGUUCUGGAGUGAAGAAGAAGCUGGUGUGGACUCUGAGACCUGUCAUAAAUCCAGACCAAGGGCUAAGGAGCAGCAAGUUAGUUUCUCUUUAGGGUCUGGGAAGAAGACCAGUAUGGAAAAUGGGCCCAAGACUCCCUCUAAAUCUAUGCCAGUAGCUAAGGAGGAUGAGCUCAGUGUUGGGUCCUGGUUCUGGCCUGAUGAUGAAGAUGUGAGCUUACAAGCUGAUGAUGAGUCCAUUUUUGGAUCUUGGUUCUGGGGCACUGGUGAGAAGAGUUUGAGAUCUGUUGCAGUCGGUUGUGAGAAGAUGCCAAAGCCUGAGGAAAAAGAAGUAACCGAUUCCUGGUUCUGGUCUGGAGAGGUCAAUGCAGAGGCUGAAGAACAGGCCAGGUCAGCAUCUACAAAAGGGACAAUCUUUGUGCCUUGGUUUUGGUCUGAAAAGCAGGCACAUGUGGAUUUAGGAACUGAACCUUGCUAUGACAUCAUGGCAGGAGCUGAGGAGGAACCCAUAAUUGGGCCCUGGUUCUGGGCUAAAGUAGAUAAUAGUGUGGAGGCUGAAGUUAACAGUAAGUCUAGCCUGGAGGAUGAGGACGAGCCCAUUAUCUCGCCUUGGUUUGGGGCCAGAGAACAACCCAAUAUGAAGUAUUCAGCUGGUGCGAGAUGCAAGCCUAUGGCAGAAGCUGAGGGUACUAAUAAAAGGUCUGACUUCUGGGGAAAAGAACCCUGUCUGUAUCCUACCAAUCGAGAAAGCUUGAAAUCUACUCUGGGAGAGAAAGAGGACACUGUUGAUUCAUGGCUCUGGUCCAGUAAUUAUCCAAGGACAGCGGCCAUGGUAGGGUCCUCCUGGUUAUGGGCUCCAGAAGAGGGAAAUAUAGAUGAUGAGACUGGAGAAGAGAUCAAACUACCAACUUUGGAGGACAAUGUAUUCAAUUCUUGGUUCUGGAAGGAAGAUGAAGAAACCAUUGUAGAGGCUACCAACAGAGCAGAGCCCAAGCCAGAAGCUGAUGAGGGAGAUGCUAUUGGAUCUUGGUUUUGGGCUGAGAAUGAAGACAGGUUUCAGCCAGCCACUGAGAUUAACGACAAAAACAAGGUAGCAUCUGAAGAGGACGAUACAGUUGGAUCCUGGUUCUGGGGCAAGGAAGAGGCCAGUCUAAAGGCGAUGAGAAGGAGCACUUUUGACUCCACUUCCGGAAUUAAGGAGAAGAAAGUUACUGGGUCAUGGUUCUGGGCUGAAAAGGCCAAAAUAGGGCCUGGAUCCCAAACAAUCGAAACUGGGUCGGAAACUGAAGAGGAGGCAAUUUUUGAGUCCUUGAUCUGGGCUGCAAAAAAGGACAAUAUAAAAGCAGGAGUAAAGCGUGUGUCCAAGCCAGAGGUUGAGGGUGAAAUGAUUGUUGAGUCCUGGUUCUGGUCUAGUGACAAGGCCACUGAAGAAUCUGAAACUGUGAUUACUAGUGAGGCCAGUCCAGGAAAGGAGAAAGGGUCAGUUGUUGAGUUUGGAGCAAGAGCAAAAGAUGAGGUGAUUAAUAAGACGGGCACUGGAGAUGAUUGUAAAUCUAGUCCAGAAGCUGAAACCAUAGUGGGAUCCUGGUUCUGGGAAGGAGAUGAAACUAGUUUUGAAUCCAACCCUGUCCCUGUGUGCAAAGCCACCUCUGAGCCUAACUCUUCAAGUGAGCAGGAACCUGACCCUUCCCGCAGACCUCAGAGCUGGGAUGAGGUCACUGUCCAGUUUAAGCCUGGUCCAUGGGGAAAGGCUGGCUUCCCAUCCAUAAGCCCCUUAAGAUUUCCAAAAGAAGCAGCUUCUCUGUUUGCUGAAAUGUUUGGGGGGAAACCCAAGCUUGUGGAAGUUGGUCCAGAAGGAGAGCAGGAAUCUUCAUGUCAGUCUGGACCCGAGUUCCCAUUUCAGUAUGAUCCCUCUUACCGGUCAGUUCAGGAAAUCCGAGCGCAUCUUAAGGCCAGGGAAAGUGCACAGCCUGAGAGUUGGUCUUGCAGCUGCAUCCAAUGUGAGCUUAAAAUUGGUUCUGAGGAGUUUGAGGAACUGCUUUUACUAAUGGACAGAAAUCGUGAUCCUUUUAUUCAUGAAAUAUCUAAAAUUGCAAUGGGCAUGAGAAGUGCUUCUCAGUUUACCCGAGAUUUCAUUAGAAACUCGGGUGUUAUCUCACUUAUUGAAGCCUUGCUUAACUAUCCGUCCUCCCGAGUUAGGACACGGUUUUUGGAAAAUAUGGUUCGCAUGGCUCCACCCUAUCCAGAUCUAAACAUGAUUGAGACAUAUGUGUGUCAGGUUUGUGAGGAUACCUUUGAUUCUAACUUGGAUUCCUCUGAGCAGUUGUCUGGAUUGACAAUGAUUACACACCUCAGUACUACUUCUGACUAUCACAAAGUGGUUGUCAACUAUUUGGCUGGGUUUUUCUACUUACUGAAUGCAGGCAAUACCAAAACAAGGUUUCAUGUUCUGAAACUGCUACUGAAUUUGUCUGAAAAUCUUGUCAUGACAAAGCGCCUGCUUGUUUCUGACUCAGUGUCAGAAUUUAUGGCCCUCUUUAAUAGGGAGGAGUCAAAUGACAACAUUCGACUUAUUUUUGGAAUAUUUGACAAUAUCAGUAACAAUAUUCAAAAAGAAGCACUGUUUGAGGAUGAGGAUGAGGAUGUGGUGGUGGUAAAUUUUGAACCACUUAUUUCUGCAUUCCGUGAGGCUGAAAAAUUUGCUAAGGAGCUGAAGCGCAAAAUUGACAAUCCAAAAUCGCCCUGAAGCAGAACAGAAAUACUAAAUAUGAUUAACCAUUUGCCUCUGAUUGUCCUUGUGCUCCUGAGUCAUAUGACUCUCAAAUGAUGCUUUGGUUUCACAGUUGAUGGAUGCCGUGUUUCAGUGUACCCCCUUUAAUGCUGGUGGUAAUUUUACCCAACUCUGUGUAAUCUGUAUCAUUGUUCUUAUGCCAAAUGAAUAUACAAAUGAAAAUACAUUUGUUGAUGACACUUGUUUUGUUGAUUGUGAUGUUGAGUAUGUGAGUUUAAAGUGAACUGAGCCGUUGUAAAUAAGAUACCCUUCUUGUUGUUGUUCUCAUGUAUAUUUGAGUCUUGUGCUUCAAUAAAGUUCUGUGUUAAAGUU